AUGGUCUUUGUCGCACCGUUGACCAUAAAAGUUGACCUCGUUCAGCCUCGUUACCCCGGACGCUCCCUUCAUUCGGCAUUAAAAUCACCAAGACAGGUUCUACUCCGAGGGACAAACGUACCUCGCCCGAGAGAGAACCCUCUGACCGAAGCCCAUUGUAAUGUUUGGGAUUGGGAUCGACUGCGGAAGGUCAAGGUGAAAGGCAGCGCCAAGCUGUUUCCACCAGACGAGGAUAUAGAGAUCCUAAUCCUGGCACAAUUUGCGGAUUACUUGUCGCCGGAAGUUCGCACAGUCACAGUUGACGACGAUGGACUCCUUGCUGGGGUCUCGACCGAUCCGGAAGAGGAUGAUACCCCCUUUGAAUAUAUUGCGGGUGGAACCCUCGACAAUACAAAUGUGCCUUUCCGAUUUGAAUGGUUGCAACAACUUAUUCGCCUUGUGGACUUCCUAAAUCGGGAACUGGGUAUCAUGCAUCAAGACAUUGCACCGCGUAAUCUGCUUAUCGAUCCUGGCACAAACAAUAUCCUUCUUUUCGAUUUCGAUUGGGCUGCAUGCGGGAAAAAGCGCUUGCCGGGAGGCCGAGAUGACGUGACUGGUGUUGUUUUUACACUCUACGAGCUUAUCACGAACGAUACACAAUUCACGAGUAUUCCUCACUGGACCCGAACCAUGGACAUGGUGCAGGGUAUUCAGAAUGGCCUUGUACUCGGGAGCUGGACUCUGACGUAUCAAAAUUCCGCAAAUAUUUGA